AUGGAGACAGGUGCAACCAACAUUGAUUUUAUGGCAGAGAUUGAGGUUAGUCUUCCUAAAGUCCGUCGUCAGAAGGAAGGAUUGGGACUAAUCCCAUGCAGGACCACCAAAAGAGACUGGUUAUUUUGGAGCAAUGUAUGGUGUUUUUCUCAAUAUCUGAUCUUCAGAUCCAAUGCUAAUAAUACUCAAGGGCAGGGCAAGGCCCGGUGGCAAGUGCCAUUCGAACGAAACGUCAAAUUCACUGGACGGGAGGAUCUGCUGAAUGACCUGAUGCAGAAAGUGAAAGGAAAUUCCGAUGUCACGAGGAAAAUUGCAAUUGAUGGCCUCGGUGGUGUGGGCAAGACCCAACUAGUGCUUGAGCUAGCGCAUCGCAUGAGAAAACAGUGCACAGUCUGUUGGAUUCCAGUCAACAACUUAACCAACCUACAAACAGCAUACCACAAGUUGGCUCGGAAUUUUCAGCUUCCUGGCUACGACAAGAGUGGUGUUGAUAUAUUGGAAUUGGUUCAAACAUAUCUCAGUGAUGAAACUGUUGGACCAUGGCUGCUGGUAUUGGAUAAUGCCGACAACAUAGAUCUGUGGACAUCGCCAAUCACAUCCGAGGUAGGGGCCAAACGGAUGAUUGAUUACAUGCCGCAAAGCAGGCUUGGAUCAAUCAUAUGGACCACCCGUGACCGCAAGGUGGCCACAAGAGUCGCCCAGGAGAAUGUAGUGACUGUCCGACAAAUGGAUGAGUCCGGGGCCGUGGAGAUGAUGCGGAAAUAUUUGGUUCGCCCUAUCGGGAACGAAGAACAUGUGUUACCAGGCUUGCUGCAAAAGCUCACCUAUCUCCCACUGGCAAUCACCCAGGCGGCAGCAUAUAUCAACGCGACCCAUCAGACCGAAGGCGCACUCGCGGAAUAUCAAGAACUCUUUUCAAAACAGAAUGAUGAAGUGAUUGAGCGCUUGAGUGAAGAUUUUGGAGCCUACGGCAGAUAUUCAGACACAGAGAAUGCAGUCGCGAAGACAUGGCUCAUCUCAUUUAAGCAGAUCCGUCGCCACAGCCCUCUUGCAAUCGAAUAUCUUGGAAUCAUGGGGUGUGUGAGCCCCAAGGACAUUCCCCGGACCCUACUACAGACUUCCGAAUCGUCAUCGUCGAAUGAGCAGAAAAAUGCGAUCCGUAUUCUUGACGCUUUUUCAUUCAUCACUGCACAUAAAGAUGGAUUAAGUUUUGAUAUCCAUCGCCUGGUGCAUCUGGCGACGCGAGGCUGGCUCAAGAUCAAUGGAGAGUUGCCAGCAUUUCACAAACAAGCGGCAGUGCGGUUAGGUGACCUACUGUCAGACAUCGACCAGACGAACCAGAUGCAUUGGCGGCCAUACAUAGCCCAUGCACAACAUGCUGUGGAAGGGUAUGAUAGGCACAAUAUGGAAACGAUUGAUCUUGCGGAAAAAUGUGGGAAAUGUCUGGAAUAUGACGGGCGAUAUCGCGAAGCAGAGGGGAUGUACCAGAUAGUCCUCGAGUAUCGAGCAAAUCUGCUAGGAUCGAAACAUCCAGAAACGCUCAUGAGCAACCACAAGCUUGUGCCAACCUUCGUCGGACAGGGUAAAUACGAAGAGGCCGAAGCCAUAUGUCGACAGACGUUGACAGAUCGAGAAGAAGUGCUAGGGUCAGAACAUCCAGACACACUCGCCAGUAUCAACUACCUUGGUUUGGCUCUUUCAGCCCAGGGCAAAUAUGACGAGGCCGAAUUCAUGUACCGGCGGGAUAUUGAAUGGUCAGAGAAGGUUUUAGGGCCGGAACACCCAAACACACUUGCCACUAUCAGCAACCUUGGUCUCGUCCUUGCCUACCAGGAUAGAUAUGAAGAGGCCGAAACCAUAUGUCGACAGAUGUUGAAAGUUCGAGAGAAAGUGCUAGGUUUGGAACAUCCAGACACACUCGCCAGUGUCAACAACCUUGGUUUGGUUCUUUCGGAUCAGGGUAAAUAUGACGAGGCUGAAUCCAUGCACCGGCGAGACAUUGAAUUUUUAGAGAAGGUUUUAGGGCCGGAACAUCCAAACACAAUUUCCGGUGUCAGCAAUCUUGGUCUAGUCCUUGCCAACCAGGGUAGAUACGAAGAGGCCGAAGCCAUCUUGCACCGCACAUUACAAAGUCAAGAGAAAGUCCUGGGACCGGAACAUCCAAACACACUUGCCGGUGUCAGCAAUCUUGGUCUAGUCCUUGCUGACCAAGAAAGAUACGAAGAGGCCGAAGCCAUCCACCACCGCGCGUUACAAAGCCGAGAGAAAGUCUUGGGAUCAAAACAUCCAGAUACACUUACCAGUUUGUAUAAUCUGGGUUUAGCACAUUUCAAACAAGGCAAAUACGAAGAGGCCGAAGCCAUCUUACACCGAGCAUUACAAAGUCAAGAGAAAGUGUUGGGAUCAAGACAUCGAGAUACACUCAGGAGCAUCAGCGACCUUGCUUCUGUCCUCGAAAGACAGGGCAAGCACGAGGAAGCCAGAGCCAUGCACCACCGAACACAAGAAGUACCAGGCUCAGAUGAGAUAACGAGUGAUCGCUCAUCCAGAGAAAUCCAAUGA